AUGGCUUCCGCCUCGGCCGCGGGACCAGGCCAAGACGCGGGCGCGGGCGCGCCGCCGUCGUCGCUGCUUCCCACCGUGUGCCCUGCCCCUGGUUCCCCACCGGCUGAAGACACAACCCUGCCCUCCUGCGUCGCCCCCGCGGUUCGCAGCGACGGCAGGCAGGAGCAGUCGUCCGUUCCUGGCCCGGGAACCUCGUUAUCGAACAAUGGGAAGCCGGACCACCCCCGUGAGCGGGUCGUCACCGUCGAGGAGAGCCAAGCCAUGGCUUCCGCGUCGGCCGCGGUACCAGGCCAAGACGCGAGCGCGGGCGCGCCGCCGUCGUCGCUGCGGCGCCAGGGCUUGCUCACCCUGCCCCGCACCCUCAGCGCCAAGACCGUCGACGAGGUGUGGCGCAACCUCGUGCGCGACGACCCGCUCACGGGGGUGGUGGCGGACGGUGCCGAGCCGCAGCACCAUCGGCAGGGCACAUGGUGGGAAGCCGGACCACCGUCGAGCGCUGCAGGCCAGGCGGCGCUCUGA